AUGGCUGAAAUCCACACUCCCUAUUCUUCCUUGAAGAGACUGCUAGCUUUCUUCAAUGGUUUCAUAGCUAUGUCUGGCGUGAUCCUCAUUGGCCUGGGCAUCUGUGUCAAGUUCAGGGGAGCUGUCCUCACAAGAGUCCUAGGGCUGUCCUCUGCAUUCCUGCUCCAUGCUGCCUACUUGUGUCUGGUGACAGGCUGCAGCACAGUGUUGCUUGGCUUCAUAGGGUGGUACGGGACAACCAGAGAAAGCAGAGGCACUCUCUUGUUUUGCUUCUUGUGCAUGGUCGUCAUUCUCCUUCUGGAAAUCAUGGUUGCCACAGUGGUCCUCGCCUUCCUUCCCAUGGUUCAAGAAAUGGCCCUGGAACACAAUUUUGUGACCCUGAAGAAGAAUUAUAGAGGUUACAAUGAGCCAGAUGACUAUUCCAUGGAAUGGAACUUAGUCAUGGAAAAGCUGAAGUGCUGUGGGGUGAAGAACUACACAGAUUUUUCCGGCUCCUCCUUUGAAAUGACGACCGGCUACGCCUACCCCAGGAGCUGCUGUAAGUCCAUCGGGACCGUGGCCUGCGACGGGCGCAACGUAUCCGCAGAUGUCAUCCACCAGAAGGGCUGCUUCCCCGCGCUCCUGAAGAUAGCCAAGGCCCAAAGCUUCAGCCUGAGCAGGGGCUCGCUGGGGGCGGCCAUGUUACAGCUGCCAGGAAUCCUGGCCACCUUGCUGCUGUUUGUCAAGCUGGGCUGA